CGUGAGUCUUGCACUUGCAUCUCCUCUUCUUAUUACUUCACUUCAUCUUAAUUAAUAAUGUAAAUUUUUGUUGCAGAACUAUUGGGGCGAUGCUGGCACAAGUGAUGAAUGCCCGUUUUCUUGAUGCUGAUGACUACCACCCACAGUCGAACAAAGACAAGAUGAAGGGCGGGAUCCCUCUUUCAGACGAAGAUCGCAUCCCAUGGCUUGAAACUCUACGCGAUGCCUUAAGAGUAAGCUUGGAAAAUGGGGAAACUGCCAUUCUUAGAUGUUCAGCUCUGAAGAAGCACUACAGAGAAAUUCUUCGAUGUGCAGAUGUAGAGUAUGUAGGUGGAGCAGCCUCAUGUGGUGUGAGGUUUGUGUUAUUGAGUGUGGAUGCAGUUUCGAUCUCUCCCUGUCUUCUCUGUGCUGCAGUUUCGAUCUCUCUCUCUAGGGUUUCGUUUGGUCCUCUUCCUCUAUAA